AUGAAUGAACUGAUCGAGGAGCUCAACAAAACUAAAGUUGGGUGUCACGUUGAUGGCAUUUGCGUGAAUAACAUCAGCUACGCAGACGAUAUGGUUUUGUUGAACCCCUCGAUCGGUGCUCUCAAGCGUCUUUUGCAGAUUUGUGAACGGUAUGCGGUGGUCCAUGGACUCAAGUACAAUGUUAGUAAAAGUGAGCUGAUGGUUUUUAAGGCUGGUACGAAAACUUAUAAUGUACCACCACUCACUCUCUCUGGCGCUCCUUUGAAGACAGUCACUAAAUUUAAGUACUUGGGUCACUGGGUCACCGAAAACCUCUGUGACAACGAAGACAUCGAGCAGGAGCGGAGAUCGUUGGCAGUCCGAUGCAACGUGUUGGCCCGCAGGUUCGCGCGGUGUACGAGGGACGUAAAAAUAACGCUCUUCAAAGCGUUUUGCGUCUCCUUUUACUCGUGCGCCGUGUGGGUGAACUAUAAGCAGAAGGCGUACGACGUACUCCGCGUACAGUAUAACAACGCGUUCCGGGUGUUGUUGGGGCUGCCGCGGAGGUGCAGUGCGUCCGGCAUGUUUGCCGAGGCGCGGACGGACGGCUUUGCGGCUGUCAUGAGGAAGAGGUGCGCCUCCCUCGAAGCCCGCAUCCGUGCCAGCCCCAACACCAUCCUGUCCGCGUUCGCCGACCACUGGGACGGCCCAAUGGUCGCCCGGUGGUCGUCACUACAUGUCUAA